CCGGCGCAGUCAGUGUUGUCGACCGCGCGUCACCUCACGUGUGCGCAUCCUUACGGUCAACUAUUUAUUUAUUUAUUUAAUUUAAUUGUGUUUAGUGAUUAUUAUAGUGUUGUGAUAAUAGUAUAGUGAUUAGAAUUUUAACAGAACGUAACCUUCAUACAACAUGAUAAGAGAUCCAGAGCCAUGUGGGUGUCCCAUACGGGAGGUGGGACCCUCAAUGCUGCCGUCAUGUCCAAACCAGUUCCUGCUCUUCAUGACGAUUCUCGAAGCCUACAUCAAUGGCCGCUGCGACCUGGCAGACCCUUGUAAUAGGGUCACCGAUAGAGACCCGCCUGAUGAUAACUAUGAUUUCGUGGUGAUUGGAGGUGGAACGGCUGGGUCAGUAAUGGCUGCAAGAUUGUCUGAAAAUCCUCAGUGGAAGGUCUUACUAUUGGAAGCUGGUGGUGACGAGCCGACGCAGUCUGGAGUACCAGCGUGGGUGACGGCGUACUGGUCGCGGGAUGACACCGACUGGCAGUACUACACGGAGCCCCAGGAGCGGGCCUGUUUGGCGGACGGGGGGAAAUGCUACUGGCCGAGAGCUAAGAUGUUAGGUGGUUGCUCAGUGAUAAACGGCAUGAUGUACAUGCGAGGCCAGCCGGCUGACUACGAUGGAUGGGCAGUCAACGGAGCCACAGGCUGGUCCUGGUACGACGUGCUGCCUUACUUCCUGAGGAGUGAGGACAAUAAGGAGAUUGGAAACGGAGUGUCUGCUCAGUAUCACAGUCGAGGAGGACCCUUGCCUGUGCAGAAGUUCCGUCACGCGCCCCAGUUCGCGCACGACGUGGUGUCGGGCGCCAUCGAGCUGGGCUACCCGCCUACUACUGACCUCAACGGGGAGACCAUGACUGGCUUCACUAUAGCACAGGCGCUCAAUGAUGGUGGUACCCGCUUUAGCACAGCCCGUGCGUACCUCCGGCCUGCUUCGAAGAGAGCUAACCUACACGUGGUGUUCAAUGCUCUCGGGUCCCGUCUCGUGGUAGACCCACUCACCAAGAAGGUUACUGCUGUAGAGUACAUCAAGGAUGGAGUCACCAAUACUGUUGUGGUUAAUAAGGAGGUAAUCCUCAGUGCUGGUACGCUGAACACGCCAAAAAUCCUGCUCCAUUCUGGAAUCGGACCUAAAGAAACGCUGGACAAGUUCAAUAUCCCCACGAUCCAGGACCUGCCAGGAGUGGGUCAGAAUCUGCAGAACCAUGUCGGAGUAACCCUGGACUUCACCUUGACUAAGGAGGCUAAUGUCGCUGAUCUGAACUGGGACGUCGCUACUGAAUACUUGUUGAGCAGAUCUGGGCCUCUGUCUAGCACUGGAAUGUCUCAGCUUACUGGUAAAGUGAACUCGCGCUACGCAGCGGCCGGUGGUCGGCACCCAGACGUGCAGUACUUCUUCGGAGGCUACUACGCAUCCUGCGGUAAUGCUGUCGUUAUUGACCCCAAGUCGCUUGAUGAGGAAGCCGAGAGGAGACAUAUCACGAUCUCAGUGAUAGCUCUGCAGCCGCGCAGUCGUGGGUACCUGACCAUUCGGUCGGUGGACCCGGCAGAGCCGCCGCUGAUGCAGCCCAACUACUUCUAUGACGAACACGAGCUGAACGUGCUGGCGGAUGCCUCUAGGAUUGCUUACAGACUUGCUAACACUACUAUUCUUCGCGAGAAAUACGGCAUGGUACCGACAGAAGGGUAUGGCAGCGAGUGUGAGGGCGGCGGUCGGGACCCGAGCGACGAUUUCUUCAAAUGUCUAGCACAACAACACACCGCGCCCGAGAACCACCAAGUGGGUACCUGCAAGAUGGGACCUGAGACUGAUCCUAUGGCCGUUGUCGAUAUGCAGCUUAGAGUGCAUGGAAUACAGGGUCUUCGUGUCGCUGAUGCUUCCAUUAUGCCAACGCUGCCCUCGGCUAACACAAUGGCCCCCGUAAUCAUGAUAGCGGAGCGAGCAUCAGAGUUCAUAGUGACGCGCCACCAGCUCUCGAAGAAGUCUCCUCCUGGGCAGGUGGACAACAGGUUCGGCAGCGAUGGGUCACAGAACUCCGAGGAUGUGAGCGGGAACUACGCGAGCAACGAGCAACCGGACGCACAGGCACAUCAUCCUUGGCACCACGGUCCUGGCGGUUACAACGGCCACCCCGGCUACCACGGACCCGCCCCCAAGCAACCAGAAAACCAAACCAACAAGAACUACCGCUGGGAACACAGGUGGAAACCAUGGGACAAAACCGCGCAACCAGAUUGGCAGAAUAAGAACCAAGAUUGGCACAAAAACUGGCAACACAAUGACAAACAUACUUCACGAUAGAUUAUAAUUAUUGUAAUUUAAGGUUAGAAAUAAAACAUUUAAUUUAAGAAA